AUGAGCGUUCUAGACAGUUUUGUGCAGCGUCACAGUCAUUCGCACGAAGGUGGCAGCGACGUGGAUAUCACGUCCGCGGCAGCGAGUGGUGCCUGGUGGGCUCAGUGGAACCCGAAUGAGGUGACCAUCUGGGACGACAGCGUACCAAACUCUUGGAAGAAGUGCGCGAUGGACCAUGUGUAUUUUGGCGAAAACGAGUACAGUGGUAGUUUGAAGGCGCGUAUCUCCUCGGUGUUUGUGGUUUUCUUUGUGAGUAGCGGUUUUACCCUGCUGCCACUGAUCCUGACCAGAAUCAAGGGCUUGCAUGUGCCCAGGUAUGCAUAUCUGUUUGCGCGUUAUUUCGGUACUGGUGUCAUUGUUGCUACAGCUUUCAUUCACUUGAUGGAGCACUCUUACAUGUCGAUCGGGAGCAAUAGUUGUGUUGGUAUGACUGGCCAUUGGGCAGACUACACAUGGUGCUCGGGGAUAGUGUUGACUACGUUAUUUGUUAUCUUCCUCGUGGACCUCUUGAGCGAUGUUUACGUUGAAAGACGGUUCGGCGUUUCGCACGCGCAGGCCGAUCACAUCGAAGCAGCUAUUACUGCUCGUGCCAAUGCCGGUAAUGUCGCUCCACCUGUAAAUGAUCUAGAGUCCAGCUACAAGCGAGAUGGCGCCGCUGACAGCAUCACGAAAUCCUCCGCUGAGCACUCCGAUCUGGCAUCUGGUGUGAGCUCCGAAAUCGGUGUCAAACCUUUUGAAAGUCAACUGGGAGCAUUUCUUGUCAUGGAGUUUGGUAUUAUCUUCCACUCGGUCAUGAUCGGUCUGGAUCUGGGUACCACCGGUAGCGAGUUUUCCGUGCUCUAUCCUGUGAUCGUAUUCCACCAGGCUUUUGAAGGUCUCGGACUUGGCGCUAGAUUGAUUUCGAUCACAUUCCCCAAGGGCAAGAGAUGGUGGCCUUUUGCACUCUGUCUGGUCUACGGUGUCACUACUCCGAUCGCAAUUGCCAUUGGUCUAGGUGUCAGAAAGAAGUACAAUGGCCAUUCUUUCACCAUGAGCAUCAUCGCCGGCGUGCUAGACGCUAUUUCCGCUGGGAUUUUAAUAUACACUGGUCUAGUCGAACUACUGGCAAAGGAUUUCAUCUUCGAUCCUAACCGCACCAAGGACCUGAAGAAACUAGCAUACAUGAUCCUCUGUACUUUAACGGGCGCUGGCUUGAUGGCUGUCUUGGGCAAGUGGGCAUAG